CUUCGUUUGCUACACUCAUUAAUGGUUGUGGUGUGUUUAUUUCUGCUCAUAUACAAUAAAUAAGUUUUUGGUUUUUUGAUAAUGUCGCGGUGGAAUUAAACCUUUUACACAAUUUCUUUUAUUUUGUUGUUUUUUUGGGGUUUUGAUAUAGUAUAUUGUAGUAUAUAUAAAAAUUGUUGUUGUUUUUGGGGUUGUAUAACUAAAUAAAUGUUGAAAAAAGACGAGGCGUUUUCAAAACGAAGUUACACAUCUAUUACUAUUUGUAAAUGACAAGAAAGCGAGAGAAAAAAAUCAAGUGAAAUAAUAAGUUCGUUCUUAAGUAUUAUUAAAGAAAGAAACUAAAUACAUAAAAUGUUUAAUAGCUAGCAAACAAAAAAAUCAAUUUCAAUAAGUUAAACAAAAAAUAUAAAAGAUAAAAUCCCUCGUUUAAAAUCGUUAUAAAUCGUUUUUAACCCAAAAACCAAAAAUAAAUCUAAAGAAGAAUCUUGAAAUUUUAUUAAAUGAAAAUUUAAGAAAAAGAGAGAAAACACCACAAAUAAAUAAACUGGCAACUCAAGCAAAGAAAACAACAACAACAAAAAUAGCUACCUAUAAAAUGAAAUAAAUUAAAAAAGCACCUUCACCAAAAUAAUAUAUACACGGAGAAACUAUUUAUUAAAUAAAAAAUAAAAAACCAAACCACAAUAUAAAACAACAACAAACCAGCUAACAGUAUAAUGUGUCAUUUUAACAUAUUUGAUAACACCAAACUGUUAACAGCACAUACGACCACCACAACAACAACAAUAACAGCAAUCAUAACAGUCCUAAAGAGAUAAUGUUAAUUGUUAACAUUAAUAUACUAAAUGCAUCUAUCACACACACAAUCAUUAGAUGCUGCUGUUGAACUGUCAAAACAAAAACAAGAAUUUACAAAUAAGUGAGAGCAAGAAAAACCUAAAAGAGUUAACGAAAGAAAGAGAGUGAAAAAGUAAAUCUCAUUUAAAAUAGAAAUCCUUUAGCAAAUCAUCUGUGAUAUAUCUUCCAAUUAUCUGCUGCUAGCUACACUUAAACAAAACUUUUUACAUAAAUUAUUUGAAAUUCUAACUACGUGACUCCAACAAGAAAAGCCAUCAUCAUAUUUCUUCUCUCUACCACCGAUUUUAUUUUCUAACUACAUAUUUUGUUCAAGUUGUGCUCUUUGAAACUGACGCAUCAUCAAUUUACUACAACACUCUGGCACUCAUGUCAAAAAUAAAAUAGAAAUAUAAAAGAAAUUUGGUGAAAAAAAAGAGGAAUUUAAUUUUGUUAGCAGGCCACUGUUAACUUCACAUAGACUGUAGGGUAGAGUUACCCACUCUGGGGGUUUUCAUCCAUGCUACUUCAUACUUUAUUCUACUCGUUAAGCCACCGCCAGCCACCAGCAAACUCCAUCUAACGCCGCCGCCGCCACAUUUUAUAAUACGUGCUGUUAAAAACGUAAAGUAUACUACUGGAAAUUGUAAAACUGGCUGACACGACAAUUCUAAAAAACCCUUACAAAAACUAUAAACAACAAUGGCGGCAUAGACUUUCCUCUACACCGAGAAAAAUACACAAAAAGAUGUAAUGGAAUCCUUAGGUGCUAAUUUUAGAAAUUAGGAAACAUUAAACAAAUAUUUAAAUAAAUAAUUCAACAAAGUACAACAAUUGCAACAUUUAAGCAAAUCCAAAUAAUAAAUGAAUUCAAAAGGAACGGCAACAAAUUCCUUCUUACACUCACAAAACAAACAAAAAGCACUCAAGAAAAGCAGCUGAAAACUGAAAUACGUUGAAUGUAUUUUUGAAACGAAAGUAAAGAUUUUUCUUUUUUGUGGAAAUGCUUAAAGUACAACAACAACAACAUUUCAAAAAGAGUUGUUAAAGAAAAAAGAACGAAAAAACUUAAAAAGAAAAGUGUAACUACAAUCUCCCUUUUAUCCUCCUACACCUACAUAAAAAAAAACAAAAGAAAAAAAAACCACUCCAAUUUUAUUAGGUAAAACAAAUAUUUUAAGUAAAACAACAAACAAAAAAUAGUUUCAAAAACUAAACAAAAAAUUUAAAUAUAAUGGUAGUAUUUUAAGAUAUCAGCAAAUAUUAAGAAAGCCAGAAAAAAAGAAUCAGCCUAUUAAGCACAAAGUUUUAAAGAAAAGUUAAAACAAUUAUUUUGUUUUUAAAGCAAAAAUAACAUUAUUAAUAUCACCCAAGUAAAGGCCAGCCGUAGCAAUAAAGAACCCCCAGCUAAAAGCAGACAGACAGAAAGAACGAACGAACGAAACAUUUUAAAACGUUUCAGACGUUUAAAAUCGUACAAUGUCAAAAUAUUUCAUUAAUACAACAACAAAUGCCAAUGCUGCAGCCACUAGUAAUGUUUAUCAAGUCAAUCAAAAUGUGGGUACAACAACAACUAACUCGUCUGUCUCCGCCACAGGAACAUCAAGUGCUAUACGAAAAUUAUUUAGUGAAACUUCGUCCAGCACAAAGACACACAACAAUACGAACACUUCAGCGUCGGCUGCAACAAGGGGUGGUUCUGCUAGUGCUAAAACAACAAGAAUUUUUAUGACAACAAGUCAAGCGCAACAGCACCAACAACAACAGCUUCAUCAACAACUGCAACAAAAUGCGCCCAACACCACCAACAUGGCUACACAUUUGUUAGAUCAUGGUUAUGGCGUUACACUGACCCCGCCAACGUCAUCGACCAGUGUGGUGGUGGGCCAACAAACCGCCUCGGUUUUGUCUACAACAUCGACCUCAGCACCAACAUCGGGAACAGUUGCUGUUUCUGUUACUUCUAAUACAAUACCUGCCUCGCAACAACAACAACAACUACAACAACACCCACAAAAAUUCAAGCCUACCGAUAUGACACAAUAUUACAAGGUGAAACGGCGUAUACCUAUGAAUGAUAGUCAUCCGAAAAAACAGGCCAAACAAAGUCUACAACAUCAAACACCUUAUCAGCAGCAGCAACAACAACAGCAAACACAGCAGCAGCAACAUCAUGUUGUUAUACGUUCAAACACUAACAAACAGCAAACACCUCAAAUUCAUCAUCAACAGCAACAGCAACUUUCAUUAAAUUUUGCCACCCCAUCACCACAACCACCCCGACCGCCGUCAUCCGCCUCCUCUACAUCAUCAUCUUCAGCCCUAAUGGCACCAAAUUUUCUCUAUAAAAUCGGUACAGCCUCUUCCAAUAGUCACAGCGCCAACAAUACGGGCUCCUCGGCUAAACGCACACCCGAAGGUAAUCGUGCCGACACUUCAUUGGGCAUAUUAACAAAGAAAUUUGUUGAUCUUCUGCAAGAAUCACCCGAUGGUGUGGUCGAUUUAAAUGAUGCCUCCGCAAAAUUGGCCGUACAAAAACGUCGUAUUUACGACAUAACCAAUGUGUUGGAGGGUAUUGGUAUACUGGAGAAGAAAUCGAAAAAUAAUAUACAAUGGAAAUGUGGCAAUUCGCUGUUGACAUCGGAGCGCUCGAAUGAUAUUAAAUUGGAGAAUGAACGUCUCGAACAGAAGGAGAAUGAAUUGAAUAUGUUGAUUGAUGAGAUACGUAAUGAGUUGCAUGGCGAGAUAUCACGUAACGAUCAAUUGGCAUAUGUGACGCACAGCGAUCUAUUGAAUGUCGAUCUGUUUAAGGAUCAAAUAAUUAUAGUUAUUAAAGCACCACCAGAAGCAAAACUUGUGUUACCUGAUUCUCUUAAUCCUCGUGAGAUACAUGUUAAGGCGGAAAAUAAUGGUGAAAUCAAUGUAUUCCUUUGUCAUGAUAACUCACCGGAAAAUUCACCAAAUUUCGGUUCCUCCUCCUUGGCUCAACGUCAUGCUCCUGCAGCAAUACAACAGCGCCAUCAUCAUGAUACCUUGAUUACUGAUAUGGAGGCCGAAAAGAGGCAUAGAUUAGGUUUAACAGCUGUAACAGCACAACCAUUAGCAUCUACAUAUCCGGCGGCAGCCACAAAUUUGGUACAGCGUUCGGCUCAACGUAAUCUUAGCAAGUCAAUAGAAGCUGCAGCCCAACAAGAGGCUGCAUCGCUUAUCGAAGUUAAUUAUACAACUCAGGAUCAACAGCAUCAUCAUCUGCAUCAGCAUGAGCAAUCAAAUUCUUCGUUAUUAAAUGAAGAUGAUUUUAACAUGUUCCCCUCUAUAACAAGGCCGGUUAUAACACAUGUUGUUAGUGAACAGCAUCAACAACAAAGGUCACAACACAUACAAAAUUCCCAAGAGCAAAAGUUAACAGCUGAAGAGGAAGAUGCUUUGGUCUCCUAUCAAAGUUUAAUUGUUUGUUCUAAUCAGCAGCAACAACAGCAGCAGCAGCAACAACAACGUCGUCAUACCGGUGACAGCAAUCCGGAUAGUAAUGAUUCUAAUCAAACCCUUACGCUUACUAGUUGUAAUAAUACAACGAACACGAACAUGCUGUCGAAAAAAUCUGGCUUACGAAAUGAUGUCACUUUGGUGAAUUGUGCAAUGGAACAGCAGCAGCAAAAAAGCUCUCAACAUACCAGUUUAUUAACAUCCUCUUCGUCAUCGUCUUCAUCACAAGUCCCAUCAAAUAAUUCGUCAUCGGCGACUUCACCUCAACAUCAACAGCAAGACAAUUCUCCAACACAUUUGAAUUAUGAAACGAUUACACACAAUAAUCAACAAUUACAAACAACAACCACCGCUGGCGGCCAACAUCAACAACAAUUGCAACAUCAUCAGCAACAGCAACAGAUUCAUCAUCAUCAUCAGCAGCACCACGAUAUACAGCAACAACUUGAUAAUAGUAUUGUUGUUAACACCUCGUCGAAUAAUGAUGAUCUUUCACACAUGCACGUUUCAAAUUCAAAUUGUAGUUCAGGCGUCCGGAACGCUUUAAUUUCGGAUAGUGUCAACCUUAGUCCCACAACCUAUAAUUAUUUUGAAGACUUGCCGCCAUUGUUGCCCAUUGAACCACCACUGGAUGGUUUAUAUAAUUUCUCUUUAGAUCAGUCAGAGGGUCUUAAUGAUCUAUUCCAUGAUUUUGUAUAAACAAAUAACCGCCCUCUUGUCCUGUUCCUUAAAAACCAACCGAGCAACCAACCAACCAACCAACAUACACACGCAACACACCCUUGGAAAAUGUAUCAUCAAUCUAAAUUUUUUGUUUCUUUUUUAUUAUAUUUUUUAAAUUAUAAUUUUAAAUUAUAAAACAAUUAAAAAAUUCAAUAUAAAAAUAUAUAUAUUUUUUUUAUUAUAUUUUUAAAUUAAAACAAACAAACAUAAAAAACUAGUGGAAAAUAGUUUAAAAAUUAAAUUUAAAAAAGAAAAACACAAAUAUAUACAUACAUAUAUAGUCUGAUGCAAAAGAAAACAAAAAACAAUGAAAAAAAAAGCAAACAAUUUAUAAAAUUAAUUUAUAAUACGGAAAGAAAAAAACCAAUUUAGUCAUAUAAAACAAAAAGUUUGUAAAUUCUAAAAUCAGGUUUUCAAUUUACAAAAAAAAAAAUAACUAAUACAAAAUAUUUGUAAUUUAAAUUAAAACACUCACACAAAUUAAACAAAACAAAUAAAAUAUCAGUGUAAAAUAUUCUUCAAAAUGGCAUGUUUUUAAAACACUUGAAAAUUUUCUUAUAUAAAUGUAAUUGAAAAUUAAAACUCAAAAUUGAAACUACAAUUUGUAAAUUAAUCAAAAUUAACAUAUAGUUCUGUUUUUUUUUUCUAUUUUUUUUUUUAUUUGUAAAUUUUUAUUUUUUAUUAACUAUUAAAUAUUCUCAAAUUUUUGGCUUUUAUUUACAAUGAAUUUAGUUUCAUUCUUUUUAUGUAAAUUAAUGGUUAUUCUUUCUAAAAUCUUUGUAAAAUUUUGUUCAUUAUUAAAGCAAUAGUUUUUUUUUUUGAUUUUUUCGAAACUUUAUAUACUAUCAUUUACACAGUAAAUUUUCUUUAAAAAAAAUAUAUAAAAUAAAAACAAGUAAUUGCAUUUUUUGUUAAUUUUUAUUUUAUUUUUUAAAAUUUUAUAAUAAUUUAAAUUUAAAAUGAAAACAAAAUGUUUAUAGUGAAUCAGCAGCAAAGCAAACAAACCUAAGAUAGCAAAACAAAAACAAAAAAAAACAACAAACUUAUUUUAAUGCUAAACGCUUAUAUUUUUAUACAUUUAAAACACAUACAUAAUAAUUAAUAUAAAUAUAUUUUGUUAUUGUUAACAAAUAGUAGAAAAAAACCAACAACAAGAAAACCACAAACAAAUGUAAAACUGCAAAUACCAAUUAUUUUAAAAAUCUUUUAUUUUGGUUAUUUGUAAUUUACUUCCUCCUCUCCUGUUACUUAUUUUUACUAUUUUCUUUGUUAAGUAAAAAAAAAAUAUCACACAUACUCACACACUCAAAAGUUUUGAAAAGACACUUUUCCUUUUGCCUUGUUCUGUUAAUAAAUACAUAUUAUAUUAUUUUAUUUUAUUAUUAAAAGCUCAACAAUUAUUAAAAUCUAAUUAUGUUUUCUUAAGUAAAUAACCUCAUUAUAAAAAAAACAAACACAACCAAGCAUUUGAAUUUAUUUUUAGCUGAUUUUAAAGGUUUUUUUCAUUCAACUAAAGAAGAGUUUUGACUUGAAGAUCAAAUACCAAUUAAUAAUCUGAUUAGUUAAUCUUGAUAUUUUGGAGUCCUAGUUAAAACUUUGUAGUAUUGCCAUACUGUGCUGAGAACAAAAAUUGGAAAAAUUGCGAAAAAUCAAAUUAAUGCAAAAAAUAUAUUUUCAAAUCUUCCUUAGCACUGGCGUGUUUUCUUACAUAUAUAUUUUUUGAUCCGCUGUUUGUACUUUCUUAUUUAUUCCAGAGAUUAACCUGUCAAUAUUGGCCGCUUUGAAAGCAACAUUCGAAGAUUAAUCUUAACUUAAUCUUCAAGUCAAAAAUCAGCUCAUAGUUUUUCCAAAACAAUUUUCGAGUCCUUAAAAAAACUUGAUUUUUUUUCUCAAAGUUCAAAUUCAUUGAGUUUCUAAAUUACUGGUGUACUCGUUAAAUCGAUUUAUAAAUUAAAAUGUUCGAAUAGAAUUACCGAGUUUAUAUGAUUUUAAAAGAAUAUUUUAACCAUAUCUCUUUAGUGCGGGAACUUUGCAGAAGAUUUUCGAAUCACAAUGUAAAUUAAAAAAUUUUAUUUUUUAAUUAGUUCUGUACUUUUUAUUGACUAGUAUGUAGCUGCUGCAAACAGGGAAUGCAAAAUUGAUAAUCAGCCUUAUCAUGUAUGGCGUAGUCGUUUUACGACAGCGACAGUUUCGUACUAGAUUAAAGAAAUUAUUCAACCUGUUUCAUUAAUCUAUUACGAAACUGUCAUUGUCGUAAAACGCCUACGCCUUACAUGAUAAGGCUGAAUGUCUAUGCAUGGUAUUUUAAGGAGCGGUUAUAUCCUGUUCAUACACACAAAGUUCUUUUCGAUAUUAGUUAUUAGCUCAUAAUAAUUUUAUUUAUACAUUAUUAAAGUUUUAAAUUUUUAAAUUCUAUAACUGGGAAUUUAACGAAACCAACUGAAAUUCAGGGUUUAUAUUUCUUUACAAACCACUAAUAGUAAUGCAAUAAGGACAUGAAUUCUGUAUUACAAAUUCUGGCUUCGGAUCCAAACUUGCCAACUAUUUAAAAAAGAAAUUUUUUUAGUUGAGAAUUUAUUUCAUACCCUAAAUUGCUAAACAAAUUCAAACAAAAUCUAAAGAAAAAUUUAAAUGUUUACAAAAAAUUUGAGGUUACUUAAAAAAAAAAAACAACAAUUAGAUAAGUAAUAAUGAUUUAAUUUGUAUGUGUUCUUUUUUAAAAGCUAUUAAAAAACACUUCACCUUCUUUUAUGACACACAUUACUCUCCCUGUUAUUCAUAUCUAAUGAUGUAUCAAUAAUAUUUCCCCUCUUUAUUGUAUCUAUCCAAUACAAUAAAUUUAUUUCUUUUUUUUAGAAAAAAAUAUAAUAAAAUAGUUAAACAAAAAUCUUUUAAACAAAUCAUAAACUAAAGAAAGUCUUUAUUCUUAAAACUCAAAUAAAACAAAAUAUAUCGAAUAGUUAAACAUAUUCAAAAUAAAAAAAAAAAACUUUAAAAAAAUAUUGUAAUACAAAAAUCUUAUAAAAGUAAUAAAUUUAAUAAAUGGCAAAACAACAUAUUGUUUUUUUUUAUUAUUUUAAUAAAAUCUAUUAUAUAAAUUGAUCGAUCCCCUAAAAUAACAAACAUUUUGUUAUUUUUUAUUAUUAAUAUUAAAUAAACAAAAUAAUUAUUAUUUUAAUUAAUAAAAACAAAUUAUAUACAUACAUAUAAAUAUUAUUUUGUAAUAUAAAAAACAAAAAACAUAAAUGUAAUUAAUUAAUAAAACAAAAUAUGUAAACAUCAAUUGUUAAGUACUUUUUAUUUUUUCUUUCUAAAAUAUAAAAAAAAAUAAAAUAAAGAAAUGUUAAGUUUAACCCAAAAAAAGUAAUCACGAAAAAAAUAACUAAUUAA